UUCGGGAAAGGCUCCGCCCCGCGGCCGGCGCUUCGCUCGCUUCCUCCGACGGGGGCCCGGCCCCACAAGGCAGGGACGCCCGUCGGCCUGCAGCUCGGCCCCCGCGACCUGCGCGGACGUUGGCGGCCCCACUCCCGGCUGGACGCGCUCUACUUCCCGGCCGCCGCCGCCGCAGCCCGGGAGCGCAGCCUGUUCUGAAGCGCUGGUACUCGAUCCUCGCCCCACCCUCCGCCUCCCCCUUCGCGGAAACGACAGCUGCGGCGGCGGCGGCGCUGGCGCCACCUCCCUCCACCUACCACGUCUGCCCCCGCCGCUCUCGCCCGGCGCCCCAGCCCGGCCUCGGCGCCACCGCCUCCCCGCUAGGUCAGCCGGCGGCUCCGCCCGGCUGCCUCCCGGGAUGAACAUCAUGGACUUCAACGUGAAGAAGCUGGCGGCCGACGCAGGCACCUUCCUCAGUCGGGGCGUGCGGUUCACAGAAGAAAAGCUGGGCCAGGCAGAGAAGACAGAAUUGGAUGCUCACUUAGAGAACCUCCUUAGCAAAGCUGAAUGUACCAAAAUAUGGACAGAAAAAAUAAUGAAACAAACAGAAGUAUUAUUGCAGCCAAAUCCAAAUGCCAGGAUAGAAGAAUUUGUUUAUGAGAAAUUGGAUAGAAAAGCUCCAAGUCGUAUAAACAACCCAGAACUUUUGGGACAAUAUAUGAUUGAUGCGGGGACUGAGUUUGGUCCCGGAACAGCAUAUGGUAAUGCUCUUAUUAAAUGUGGAGAAACACAGAAACGAAUUGGAACAGCAGACAGAGAGUUGAUUCAAACUUCAGCCUUAAAUUUUCUCACUCCUUUAAGAAACUUUAUAGAAGGAGAUUAUAAAACAAUUGCUAAAGAAAGGAAACUAUUACAAAAUAAGAGACUGGAUUUGGAUGCCGCAAAAACCAGGCUAAAAAAGGCAAAAGCUGCAGAAACUAGAAAUUCACAACUAAACUCAGCUCGCCUUGAAGGAGAUAACAUUAUGGUAAAUUUCUCUUACAUGCUCAACUUCCUGCAUGUAAAAUGGCUGAAGAUUUGGGCAGAGGAAGUGACAAAAUCUGAACAGGAAUUAAGAAUAACUCAAAGUGAAUUUGAUCGUCAAGCAGAGAUUACCAGACUUCUGCUAGAGGGAAUCAGCAGUACACAUGCCCAUCACCUCCGCUGUCUGAAUGACUUUGUAGAAGCCCAGAUGACUUACUAUGCACAGUGUUACCAGUACAUGUUAGAUCUCCAGAAACAAUUGGGAAGUUUUCCAUCCAAUUAUCUUUGUAACAAUAAUCAGACUUCUGGAACACCUGUGCCAUCUGUUUUAUCAAAUGUGAUUGGUUCUUCUGCCAUGGCUUCAGCAACAAGUGGCUUAGUAAUCAACUCUCCUUCCAAUCUCAAUGACCUUAAGGAGUCAAGUGGCAGCAGGAAGGCCAGAGUUCUCUAUGAUUAUGAUGCUGCAAACAGUACUGAAUUAUCACUUCUUGCAGAUGAGGUGAUCACUGUGUUCAGUGUCGUUGGAAUGGAUUCAGACUGGCUAAUGGGAGAAAGAGGAAAUCAGAAAGGCAAGGUGCCAAUUACCUACUUAGAACUGCUCAAUUAAAUAGGUGGACUAUGGAAAGAUUACCCAUCAUGACACCAUAUUUAUACACAGUUAACUAAAUAAAGCAGGUUUAAGUAUCCUCCAUGUAAAUGUCUUAAGAGACUGGAAAUAAACUAUCAGCCACCAAAAACUGGCAUUUCUGCCAAUAAAGUUGCAUGGUAAAGAUUUCAUUACAGAAUUUAUGUUAGAGCUUUCAUGCCAAGAAUGUUUUCUUACAAAAUUCUUUCUACUGAGAUUUCACUAACAAGCAACUUCUACUUUUGAGGCCCAACUUAAAGCAGAACUGUUUUAUACUGAAUUUUUAAUUAACAGCAAACUUUUUCUUUUAUGUAAAAAUAAAUUUAUUGUGAAUUGAUAUCAGUGACUCAUUUAUUAGGUAUAAUUAAUAGCCAAAGAAUAAAAUUAAAAUUUAUUUUAAACUUUUGAUUUAGAAAAGAGCUGUAGGAUAAAAACUUCUUUUGUGACAAAUGUAAUGUUUCUGAAUGUUUCUUUCGUAAACUGAAAUGUAAUUAUACCAUGUUGACCUUGUUUUCCAACAAAAAUCAAAUGAUUGCAGUACUAUGUUUUGAUGGGUUUUCUUUUGUUUUUUUGGGGUCUUUUUGAACACUACUGAAUGAUCUUUUUGAUGUAAGAACAACCAGUCCUUGAAAAGCAUUACCAUGUUUCUCUGACUUCUAAAACAUCUGGGAAAAAUUUAAUUCACUAAGAAUGUUUUUAAGAUUAUUCAGUUGGCACAAUUUAAUGCAUAAUCAGAAUUGGAUCUUUUAACAUACAGUAAAAAGGAUUUGUCCUAAUUGAACAACAUAGCUAUAUAAAAAUAGAGAUUAGUAUAACUACAUUCAUUAUAAAUUUAUAUAUACAAACAAAAUAAACUGCAUUACUCUGAGCUUACUAAAACUUUGAAAAUUUAUUAACGAAUACAGAUUAUUUUGCUUCAAAUCUCUGGUUGUAAAAUACGCACUAAUUGUUGGUGACACAUUUGGAGUCAGAAUUGCUAUUUAGACAAUUACUAAGAAUCGGCAAUUUCUAUAAAUCAGCAAGGUGACAAAUUGCUUCUGUAUUAGCACUUACAUUUUUUUGUUGUCGUUCUCAUUUGUUCUUUCAACAAACAUUUGCUGAGGACCAGGUGUGCACUGACCAGCUGGGGAUACUACCCUGAACAAGAGUGCAGUCCUUUCCCCUGCAGGGCUUAAAAGACCACUAUGGAUACAAAAAGAUGAACAAGCCAUUGUCCAGGGACACGAUCGGGGUUGUACGGAAGAAAGAUAGGGACUGGAUCUGGGGGUGCUUCACUCAGAUCUCACUACUCAAAACAGCCAGGUGUGGCUUAAGUGUGAAGUGAAAAUAUGUAGUUCAUUUAUUCAGAUCAUGUUAAUCCUUCUAAAUGAUUUGUUUUGGUACAUUUAAAAUAUGAAUAUCUAGAUACCAUUUUUAAAUAUCCCUUGUGUUUAGACCUCCUAAUAAGAGCUUGGUAGACAUGUUAAUAACUUAGUACACAGUCCAAAAUUUGUUAAUAGUUUUUACCCUUUAUUUCUGUGGUGCAAGACAAAUCCUUGUACAGUUGUAUUACUGUACAAGAAACUUUGACUCCUACUAUGAAUUGCCAUACUCUUAACUCCAGAAGUUGCUCAAGCUGGUUUUUUAUAGAACCAAGUGAAUGAAGCAUUUUUUUUUCAUCCUCUGUCAGCAAGUUCAACAACUUGAAGUACCAUCUGCUGUGUUGGUCCAAGUCCAAAUUUAGGCUGUGAAAGAUUCUACCAGGAAUUUAGGUCAACUUAAACAGCAACUGUAAAUUUGGUUUAUGAGAAGUAGAGUAUUAAUGGAAAAGGUUAUGGGUCAUGGAAUGAAAUGGACCUGGGUUUGUAUCCAUUCUUCCUCCCAGUCAGUUCUCUUUGAGCUUCAGUUCAGAUGUAUAACUGCCAUUUCCUUACCAGUAAAAUUGGGGUAAUAGUUAUGCCAGUUUAGAGUUGUAAGAUUGUCAAGAAAUAUCUUUUUAGAUGCUUUUUAGGGAAAGGCGUAGCACAUAGCAAACAAACUCAAACUACCAGUUUCCACUUGUUAACUGCUGUAGUUUCCUUACCUACACAAAUUGUGGACCUUGUUUGUAUCUGUGUACCUGAGGUACUUCUUUUCACCUAUGCUCUGUAUCACUUCUCCCUUUUACCCUCUUUAAAGCAGAUAUACAUCUAGAUUUAACCCCACCGCCAGUCAGUGUAGAUGUGUUUUCAGAACUACUUGCUUUCUGUGGGUAGAUGUUAAUUUUUGAAGGCUUCUGUACUUUACUGGGUUAGUAUCAUGUUAACAGGUUCAAAGACCUUGUACUUUUGCCACAAAUCCUGCAGAAUAUGUAGGCUUAUUCUAUGUUUGAUGCUUUUGUUUUAAUUCAGUGGAAUUUUGUUCAGUUGACUCAUUGAGUUUUUUGUUUAAUUUGGGUUUUGGUUCAUUUUAAACUCCUAGUUUAGUUUUCACUUUUGUGAAGACCCAUAAAGGUUCUUGGGCAUGGAAGUAAAAGCCUGGGAAUCCUGUUAAUUCAUGUUGCAGGCCAGAAGUGUUUAAGCCCUGCAUACCUGAGCUUAAUCUGAAAGCAUAUUAACAUUUAGAAGACACAAUAUGAAUUAAAUCAUAAACUCGGAAGUAAUUAAGGGCCCUCUCAUAAACAAAAGAAAUGAUUGUAUUAUGUCUACCUUUGUUCUCAAAGUAAUCCAGAUUAAAAGGUCAUGGUGUUAAAAUUUUUUAUGGUGCUAAUCUAAGAAAAUCAUAAUGUAGGAGAUGAAGUCCCCAAAAUGGGAAUGUGCCUCACUUAGGGAAUGGAAAUAAGGAACCAGAGGCCAGGACCCCAGCUGGAUAGAGCUGGUCUUAGAGUCUGUAGUUUCUUUCACUAGAACCAGACGGGGAAGCUGGGCUGAGAAGACAUUUUGAGUUAAUUUGCAGAGUAGAGGAGAUGAUGGAGAGGAGGACAGGAAAUAACUUAUUUACCCAGAGAAGGCCUAACUUCCCCCAUACUUUAUUGACAGGAUUUCUGAAAAAUCCCUUCCCUGUGUCCCAGACAACUGAAAAUACAAAUCUGUUAUCUUGGCAUAAAUGUACUCCCAGCCUGGGUGAGGAGCCAGAAUGCGGGGAUGGCUUCACAGUGCGGGCUGUGGGCGGCAGCUUCAGCCGUGCUCCAGAUGAGUAAAUGGCUCUUCCAUCGUGGUGAGACUCAGAAGGGGGAGAGGGAGUCCCUGCAACCACGUGUACAAUUUCUUCCAGUUAUCUUAAUUAGAACAUCAGCUCGGCAGGGCAGUGAUUCUCAAAGUGUGAGGCCCCAGAUUGGCAACACUAGUGUUACCUGGAAGUGUGGUGAAAAUGCUAAUCGACUAUUUCCAAGUAUUUUUACCUUCACUUGUAUUCUUUUGUUUUCCGAGGCCUAUGGAACUAAUCUUCUGUGUGAUAGUUUUUUAAGUAUCUUAAGACAAAAACUAGAUCUUAUGUUUACUGUGUUGUAGCACUAAUCAUAAUUGUAAUUAUAUAGUUAUAAUUUAUUUGUUUAGUAUUUAUCAAUUUAGAUAGGCUUCCUGAGAUAGAAACUUUAAUUAUUUGUACCACAGAUUCCCAGUUCUUAGCCCAAAUCUAGCAAAUAGUGUGUACUCAAUAAAUAUUUGUUGAAUGAAAGAAAAAAUUUAAAAUUUUUAAGCCUUUCCCAACAUCUACUGAAUCAAACUCUGAGGGUUGGGCCUGGCAAUCCGUUGUGACAAGCCAUUUGAGUGGUUCUGUUACAUUCUUAAGUUUGAGAAUGGCUGCAGUGUAACAAAGAGAACUUGCCUUUCACCCUCAGACCUGCCAUCUGACGUCACUUGAAAAAUUCUCCCUGCUUUCUCUAGUCCUUACCAACAAACACCACUCUCUUGAGUGUGGAGGCUAUAUGCAAGCGGGUAUGAAGAUAGAAGGCAAUGUUUGGUGUCUGUAAGGGAAAUCUUGCUUGAAUGCCAGUACUUGGUGGUUGUGAAAGGUUUCUAGGAAUGGAUCCUUUGUCUCCACUCAGCACUGUGCCUUUAACUGGUGACAAUUUAACCUCAAAACACCGCUGGGAACUGUUGAAGCAGUAUCAGACUAAUGUAUAUGUACUUCCCUGUGCCUGUUAGAUAAACUCUGUUUUCAUUCCUACUUCAAAGGAGACUAGGUAUUUGUUAAUGCUUUUUUGUAACACAAAGUCACGGUCCUGUUGGCAAAAAGAACAGAAAAUUAAAACCACCUAUAAUUUUGCCAUCCAGAGAGAACCACUGUAAUUUAGGAAUACAGAAUAUGGCCUUCCAGACUCUUCUGUGCAUUUGUAGAUUUUUUUUAAAUGGGAUCAAAUUGUACAUGCCAUUUGUAACUUUUUCCCACAAUACCAUGACUAUCUUGCUGUAUCGAAUAUAUUUCUAUAUCUUUUUCAUGGCUGCAUGAUAUUCCAUCAUAUGUGCCACCUUUUAUUAAACUAUUGAAUUUUUAGGUUUCUGGUUUUUCACUAAUAAACUGCUUUAAAGAA